GCUGUUCCCCUCUUCGUUAUGACGACCAUAACCAAGAAUUUCCCAUGGUUCAUUCGGGAUUUGGGGGUCGUUAUUGUUGGCAAAAAAUGUUACACGUCGCUCGUUGAAGAGCUCGAUAUUGGCGACAUUGAAUGCAUAAAGUAUUCCAUCUCGAAAGGGCUAGGGAUUGGAAUCGUUGUGGGUGGGAGUAUAAUGAAGGUUCCUCAGCUUUUGUUGAUCGUGAAUGCACGCUCAGCAAGAGGUCUUUCACUGGUGUCGUACAUCCUCGAAACCCUCUCGUACGGGAUAACUCUCGCCUACUCACACCGGAACGAAUUCCCGUUCUCAACGUACGGAGAGAACCUCUUCCUUACGCUGCAAAACAUCGUCAUUACGAUUCUCAUCAUAUACUACGCACCCACUGCUAGGUUACGUUCGACCAAUUCCAAUAAGCCGGCACAAAUUGGAGUUGCAUGUACCGCGACUUUCGCAGUAGCCUUCCUCCUUUCGACAAUCGACAAGGACCUGUUACAGAUCCUUCAGCUAUCUACCCUACCGCUCUCGCUCUUCUCCAAGCUUCCUCAGAUUAGACAAAACUUCCGCGCGAAGUCUACCGGGCAGCUCUCCGCGUUUGCCGUUAUCUCUCAGAUUGCGGGGUGUGCGGCUAGGCUGUUUACUAUCGCGCACGAGGUUGGGGAUGUGGUAGUUGCUGCCGGGUUCUUGUUGGCGUUGGCGUUGAACAUCGUACUCGGGGUGCAGAUGUAUGUUUACUGGGGGAAGGAGGGGAAGUCUGCGUAUUCUGAUGGAAAAGGGGUGGAAUUGGAAGAGAGGAAGUUGUCGUCGUCGUAUGACAUGUCUGCUACCCCGGCGUGGCAAUCUCAAGCUCAAGCUCAAGGCCAAGGCCAAGCACAAGGGAUACAUCAUCGGGUAGCUACACCCCCACCGAUGGGGAACAGGAAGUGGGCUAGGAAGGUGGAUUGAUUGGGUUUUUCUCAUCCUCUGGCGAUUUACAAAAUAUUUAACUUUUUCUUUUUCUUUUUUCACAUAUCUAUAACGCUGUAUCUAAUCGCCCUCAACGACAAACCUAUCAUCCUUUUCUUCGCUAUUCCUACCCUCACGCGCUGUGUUCGUUUUACGAUAGAAGUCGACUUACCUGUAUUCAGGCUACUAGCCUACAUAUCGUAACGAAUAGGGACUUUUCGGUAUUGACAUCGAUGGGG